UUGUCAUCAGUUGUCAUAUUUUACAAUCUUUCAAUCUGCAUUAUAUAUUUUUUUGCUUCUGUAAAGUCGCAAAAAACUAAAAAUAUAAUAAAAUGUCUGCCCCGCUGGAAAAUCUAGAAACACAACUAGAGAUGUUCAUAGAAAAUGUGCGCCAGAUUCGGAUUAUAGUGAGCGAUUUCCAACCUCAGGGUCAAAAUGUGCUGAAUCAAAAGAUUCAAGGUUUGGUGACGGGUCUGCAGGAGAUCGAUAAACUUAAAAACCAAGUGCAGGAUGUUUUUGUGCCGUUUGAAGUGUUCGAUUACAUUGACCAAGACAAAAACCCACAAUUAUAUACAAAAGAUUGUGUAGAGAAGGCAUUGGCUAAAAAUGAAGAAGUCAAAGGCAAAAUAGAUGCUUACCGUAAAUUUAAGGCAAACAUGUUGCUGGAAUUAUUCAAAACAUUUCCCAAUGAAAUGAAUAUGUAUCGCGCUUAUCGUCCGGAUUCAAUUUAGUUGCACACCUCAAAGCUGUUCUUAGUGCCGUUUUAUAAUGGCAACUUCAUUAGCGUAUAAGUGAAGCAAGUAAUGUAUACACUCAGUUAUAGGUUUUUAAUAAAUAACAAAUAAUUACACACAGAA